AUCUUACCUAACUGCUCUUUUUUCUCCUUUUCUCCUUCCUCGACACGCAACUUGUCACGCCUCUCUUUUUUUUCUUCCCCUCUCUCCCAAUCCGAACUCGUCGCCUCCAGAUUACCACCACUACUUUAAUCAUGAGCGGAAGUGGCGGUUUCUAUAAGUACCGGUGCAAGUACUUUUACACCCACAACUGUCCCAAUUGGGUCUACGUCAACAACUCUCCCUGCGCAAGCUGCUGUGCCGAAGGACGAGAUGUCGAUGGAGCGGUUGUCGAGAUGCCCACUUGGAGAUACUCGCACGAUAUCUGCGUGCCCCGGGUUGAAGACGGCAUUAUGCACUACACCCUGAUGGAAAUUGUCAACAUUGACGAAUCGGGAAGCCAAUGGAUGCUGAGGUACAAAGUCGGCCAUACCCAGAUUCCCGCCGUCAUGACAACCAGCGCCACUCCAGGCGUACCAGUCCCGGCACCUAGUUACUAGCUCCCGUGAAGAUAAUUAUGGAUGAGCCAAUCACGGCGAGCGAAACGACAUCGAACGUCACGACGAGAUGGAAGGAACCGUUAAGCCGCUGGACCAUUGGUUAGAGUCAUGGCUGGGAUGAUGGGAUGAUGGCUCAUAGGCAUAGUCAUUGGAGAGGUAUCCAAGACAACAGGGAUGUGGGGCGCAGCCACCAAGCAAGUAGGGAGGA